GUGGGCACCUCACCUGGCACCUCACCUGUGUCACGUGGGGCACCUCCUGUGUGCUCCUGUCACCCUCUGUCUGCCUGUGUCACCUCACCUGUGUCACCCCAACUGUGUCACCCCAACUUGUGUCACCUCACCUGUGUCACCUGUGCCCACAUCGUGGGCUACUUCUCCAAGGAGAAGGAGUCCCCGGACGGGAACAACGUCGCCUGUAUCCUGACGCUGCCCCCGUACCAGCGCCGCGGCUACGGCAAGUUCCUCAUUGCCUUCAGUUAUGAGCUGUCGAAGCUGGAGAGCACCGUGGGCUCCCCGGAGAAGCCGCUGUCGGACCUGGGCAAGCUGAGCUACAGGAGCUACUGGUCCUGGGUGCUCCUGGAGAUCCUCAGGGACUUCCGGGGCACCCUGUCCAUCAAGGACCUCAGCCAGAUGACCAGUAUCACCCAGACCGACAUCAUCAGCACCCUGCAGUCCCUGAACAUGGUCAAGUACUGGAAGGGGCAACACGUCAUUUGUGUCACCCCCAAACUGGUCGAGGAGCACCUCAAGAGCGCCCAGUACAAGAAGCCCCCCAUCACAGGUGGGUCAUUAAUUAAUUAA